AUGACAGCCACCGAGUUGUACUUGAAUGCGAUGAUGAUUGCAAAUAUAAAGCAUGAUAAUGCCAAUACUGCAAAUAUAAUGGUAAUCGAUGGAAAGCUAAAGUAUUGUGGCUCAAUUACUAGUAGUACAACAACAACAACAAAGUUUAAUAUCAUGUCAAAUAGAUUAACAAAUUAUUAUAGUUAUUGUUCUUCAUCUUCAUCAACUACUUUAUCAUCGAAAGAAAUAAUAUCAAAUAUAUUAACAAAGUUAAACAAAGAUGAGCGAGUAAAGAGUAAAGAAGAGGUGAAGAGAUUAAAACAAUAUGAACAAGAUUUGGAGAUGAAUGAAUCAUUGUUGGACUUUCAUCUUGCAACCUUUUACUCGCAAGGUCUAUCAAACUACUUGCAACAAGAUGAAGUCAAAGCAAUGGAGUUAUUUAAAAAGGCUGCUGACAAGGACUUGGCAGAAGGUCAAUACGCAAUUGCAAUGAACUAUCUCACUGGAUCAAUCUCUAAUCUAUUUAGACCAAUCUUUCCUUCUAUUAUCAACUAUGACGAUGCAACAUCAACCACCACAAACAAUGAAAGCGUUAUUAUUGGAGAUGGUUGGGUAUCAAAUGGAAAGCAACAACAAGAAGGUGAAUUUGAUUUCAAACAAUGGCUCAAAGCUGAAAAGAAAAGAGUACUCUUUGAUAAAGAAAAUCAUUUUAAAUUACAACAACAACAGAUGGAAAAGAAAAAAGAAGGUCUUAGAUGGUUAACUCUAAGUGCAAUUCAAGAAUAUGCUUAUUCCCAAUUUACUCUUGGAAUGAUAUUAUUAAAUGGUAAAUUUGAAAUGACAAAGAAUGAAGAACAAGGAAUCUAUUGGUUGAAAAAGUCAGCAGAGAAUGGAGAUAUCAAUGCAAUGCAUGAAUUGGGUAAAUAUUAUUUCCAACAUGCCGAGAUGUCACUCAUUGAACAAUUAGCUGAAAAGGCUCAAGAUGACGAGGUGGAGAUUAAAGUUAACAAGGAAUUGAUGGAUCAAGCAAUCGAGUAUUUCGGCGAAGCUUCAAAGAUGGGAAAUUGUGAAUCAAGUUAUCGAAUUGGAUCAAUUUAUAUUAGCGGACCAACCGAAGAAACAUUGCUAAAAGGAAUAUCGUAUAUGGAACUUGCAACCAGUCAAGGUAGUGGAGAAGCCGCUUUUCUAUUGACAAUGUUGUAUCGUAAUGGAUUGGUACCACAAGAAUACCGACCACAAGAUAUAGAUAAUAUUGACACUACAUUAUUAGACUCUCAUCAUCAACUAUCACAUCAUUAUUUAAAUAUUGCAAUUGGGUUAAAUGAUCCAACUGCAUUACUACUACUUGGUGAAUUAUACUUUAAUGGAAAUGAUCCCAAUUAUCCAACAGUCAAUUAUAAAAAGGCAUUACAUUAUUUUAGUGAGAGUGCCAGACUUGGAAACUCGGAUGCCUGUGUCAAUCAAGGUGUCAUGCACUUUAAUGGUUUUGGAACACCAGUCGACUACCAAGCCGCUUUCUACUGCUACCAAUCAGCCUUUGAAAAUAAUCCAAAAAAUGAAGCUGCCAUUCGUAACCUACAUACAAUGCAUCGUGAUGGUCUAGGUGUACCAAAAUCUCAAGAAUUGGCUACACUCUAUUCAAAUCUAUUAAUUAAAUUAAAAAAUCAAAGUGAAACCAAUUAA